GAUGUUGAUGGUGAUGAUAUGAUGAUGUUGAUGGUGAUGAUGGUGAUAUUGAUGGUGUUGUGGUUUCCUCUUCCAGCCUCUUCCUCUUUCGGGACUCCUACUAGCCUUACUGCUGGACACACGGCUUGUCCUUUGAGACACACACCACCUCAGGCGUGCAGCACAGAGUCGGGCAGGGAGAGAGACGGACUGGAGAGUUUAGAUGGACUGAGAGCCAGAGAGCAAGACGCCACAGCAAAGUCACCUGCUGUUUUGAAGAGAGAGUGGCUGAAGCAGCAGAAAGCCCAGCUGAAAAGCAGCUGGCGAGGAGAUAACCUGCGCAGCAAACCCCGAGUCCGCUACACUGAGGAAGAACCCAGACAUGACGACCACUUCUACUGUGAGGAGUGUGGCUCGUUUUUUGUCGAUGAGUGUUGGAUCCACGGCCCCCCCACCUUCAUCCCUGACACCCCGACACCCGUGGGGGUCCCAGACCGAGCCAGACACACGCUGCCCCCUGGCCUGGAGGUCAGCAGGUCCCACAUCCCCAACGCAGGCCUGGGGGUCUUCAACCGGGGCUACUACAUAGCCAGAGGAACUCACUUUGGACCUUACAAGGGAGAAGUCAUAGACAAGGACCAGGCCAUAGAGAGUGGAUACUCCUGGGUGAUUUCCAAGAGCCAUGAAGAAGAUGAGUACAUAGACGCGAGCAGACACACUCACUCCAACUGGAUGAGGUAUGUCAACUGCGCUCGUGGCAGUGAGGAGCAGAAUCUGGUGGCGUUUCAGUACAGAGGAGAGAUUGUGUAUUGCUGCUGUCAACCCAUUGGCCCAGGAGAAGAGCUGCUGGUCUGGUAUGGAGAAGACUACGCCAGAAAACUGGACAACACUUUUGACUUCCUCUGGGACGUGAAGAGCAGCUCCACAGAGGUGUCGGUGUCUCAGGACUUCUCCUGCUCUCUGUGCCCGUUCUCCUUCUCUGCUCAGAUUUACCUGCACAAACACAUCAGGAGAAGUCACCCAGAUGAGUAUGUACCUCGGCUAAGGCUUGGAGAGAUCAGAUCGGAGACUCUGUUACCUUCUCAGGGCAACAGAGGGGAAAACCAUCACACUCAACAGCCCACACCACGAAAGUCUCAACAGCCCCCAGUGUGGGAGUUCACACCAGACACACAGCCCUCUCCAGGGCAGCAAAGAACACAAGAUCAGACAACACACCAGCACACUCACACAGCAGAAAGAAAGCACCGCUGCAUUGACUGUGGCAAGAGUUUCACUAGCGAGAAGGGUUUAAAGCUACACCAGAACAUUCACACAGGAGAGACACUGUACCACUGUACUCAGUGUGGCAGGAGUUUCAACAGAAUUGAAAAUUUACGACGACACCAGCGCAUUCACACAGGAGAGAGGCCGUAUUACUGUACUCAGUGUGGCAAGAGUUUCGCUCAACAGAGCGGUUUAAAACUACACCAGCACAAUCACACAGGAGAGAGGCCAUAUCAAUGCACUCAGUGUGGCAAGAGCUUCAAGAGAGGGAGUAAUUUACGACAACACCAACGCAUUCACACAGGAGAGAGGCCAUAUCACUGCACUCAGUGUGGCAAGAGUUUCAUGCAAAAGCAACAUUUAGAAGGACAUCAGCGCAUUCACACGGGAGAGAGGCCAUAUCAAUGCACUCAGUGUGGCAAGAGCUUCAAGAGAGGGAGUGAUUUACGACAACACCAACGCAUUCACACAGGAGAGAGGCCAUAUCACUGCACUCAGUGUGGCAAGAGUUUCACGCAAAAGCAACAUUUAGAAGGACAUCAGCGCAUUCACACGGGAGAGAGGCCAUACAUAAUGGGAAUGACACUCACUCAUGUCUCGUGAUCGUAAGAGACACAGGUGCUUUCAAAGGAAAGAGCCCUAAUCACUCUUGCUGAUCAAGAUCUGUGUCUUAUUUAGAAGAAGGUGGAAAUGCCAAAUAAGAAUCUCUCAAAUUGUUCUAAAAACAAUUUUCCCCCUUUCAGUUUUUUUUUUUAAUCAAAUAUAACAAGCCAGUAAUUUCCAAAAAUGUGUUGAAUCUGUUAUAUUUUCAAUGAUAAUAACGUGUUGUACAUAAUUUUCAGUUGUAAUAAGGAAGAUACAGAACUCGAAAAGUGAACAUGCGACAAAGUGUCAAUGUCAUUUAUGGUUAAAGUAGAUUUUGUACAUACAGUUUAUAAUAUUGAUCUACAUGUCUCUUGUCGUAAACUGACAUGAAACUCAAUUCGCUAAAAAAAUAUCUGUCUUUUGUUCAGUGUUCGAAGCCUUAUUUACACACCAAAUUCCAAAACGUUGAGACACUUGGUAUUUUGUGAAUAAAAUUCUGUAAUUUUCAAAGCAUUCAAUCUGUUAAUUAGAUGAAGCAUUGUGCAAAGACAACAUACGUUGCUAAAGUUAUUGUUUUAAUGAAAAUAUUAACUUGUUUAAAAUUUCACAUGCGCAACAAAUCUCAAACAACUAAGUGUGGACAGGCAGGCCAAUAAAAUGUUUUUGACACGA